AGAAGCUGAAGGAGGCGGCGGAGGCAGUGGAGGCAGUGGAGGCAGAGGAGGCGGUGGAGGAGGCAGAGGAGGCGGUGGAGGCAGAGGAGGAGGAGAUGGAGCUGGGCGAGGAGCGGUCUCUGCUGCUGGAGGCCGGAAUCUCGGCGAGGGUCACCACAGCACUGCUGGACGUCUACAGAUCCGGGGCUGUGGCCCACGAGGAUCUGGACGACCGUGCGCUGGAGGCACUGAAGGAGUUUAACGAGGACGGAGCGUUGGCCGUGCUCGAACAGUUCCGGGACAGCGACCUCUCCCACGUGCAGAACAAGAGUGCGUUUCUCUGCGGAGUCAUGAAGACCUACCGGCAGAGGGAGAAACAGGGACGGAAAGUUCCCGAUGUCAGCAAAGGCCCCGACGAAGCAAAGAUUAAGGAGCUUCUGGACCGCACGGGCUACACUCUGGACGUCACAACGGGCCAGCGCAAGUACGGGGGGCCGCCCCCCACCAGCGUCCACUCGGGGGGGGCCCCCCCCAACGGCACAGAGGUGUUUGUGGGUAAGAUACCCAGGGACAUGUAUGAGGAUGAGCUGGUGCCCGUGCUGGAGAAGGCCGGCCCCAUCUGGGACUUGCGCCUCAUGAUGGACCCUCUGACGGGACUCAACCGAGGCUACGCGUUCCUCACCUACUGCAGCCGGGACUCAGCUCUGGAGAGCGUUAAACAGUUUAAUGACCACGAGAUACGUAGAGGCAAGCAGCUUGGAGUCUGUCUCUCUGUCGCCAACAAUCGCCUCUUCAUUGGCUCCAUCCCCAAAAACAAGACCCACGAACAGGUGUCGGAGGAGUUCAACAAACACAUCGAGGGCGUGACAGAGGUGAUUCUGUACCAGCAGACAGAGGACCAGCAGAAGAACAGAGGCUUCUGUUUCCUGGAGUUUGACGACCACAAAUCGGCCGCUCAGGCACGCCGCAAGCUUCUCGGCGGCAAAACCAAAAUAUUUGGCAACGUGGUGACGGUGGAGUGGGCAGAGCCGGUGGACACGGACCCCAGCGUCAUGGCCAAGGUGAAGGUGCUGUUCCUGAGGAACCUCGCGGCGAGCGUCAGCGAGGAGACUCUUCAGACUCUGUUUGGCGCGUUCGGGAGCCUGGAGCGAGUGAAGAAAGUCAAGGACUACGCUUUCAUUCACUUUGAGGACAGGGACGCGGCCCUCAAGGUGAGACAGCUCACUCGCCCGCUCGCUCGCUCGUCCGCUCGCUCGCUCGUCCGCUCGCUC